AUGGCCUGCGACCGCGUGCGUGGGUGUUUUCUUCGGGUGUACAGACACUUGACGUGCCGUGUCACCGCGUCUUGUCUGUGGGGUUUGUUUUUGCUGCUGGUCACAGUCUUUCUGUGGAGCGCCACUUCUCUUUUGCUGCAGCUGCUCUUCCUAGCAGACUUCCCGAGGCCCCUCUUCUCCACUUUGGUACAAAGUGCAUGCCCUUCUGUCUUUUUGCUGCUGCCUGCUGCUGCUGCGCUGCGCGCCAGCAGCGCCUGGCGGCCCGGAGGUGGCGAGAGGGGCCUCAGGGCCCCCAUAUGGCAGGUGACCCUCGCGGGCUUCUUGGCUAAAGAUGCGCACGUCCUCAGCAUCGACAGCUGCCUGCGGCUGCUGCAGCAGCAGCGCCACCAACAGCAGCUGCAGCAGCAGCAAGAGGGGGGGUCGCUUGCGGUUCUUGGAAGACGGAGAAGGAAGAUCCGGCGGCUGCUGCGGCUGCUGCUGCUGCCCCUAAGACUUUUAAUUGUAAGAUUUCGGGGGCCCCGCUGCUCUUCCGUAGCCCCAGCAGCAGCCUCGACGGGAGCACCGCAGAGUCCUGCUGCUGUGCGGCAGCGGCAGCAGCAGCAGUCACCUGAGCCCGCUGCUGCUGCUGCUGCUUCUGCACUUUGUUUGUCUCCUUGCGAAAGAAGAGAUGACGGAGGCGUCUGCGUCUCUUCGAGGUCUUCCACAGGAGUCCCUGGGUCAGGCCUGCCAGCUGUCAGCUGUCACCACACCGCAGCAGCAGCAGCAGCAGCAGCAGCAGCGGGAACCGCAGGGUCUGCUGCGGUGAGCCGCCGCAUUGCCGCUUUGGAGGGAGUGAGCAGCGGCAGCAGCAGCAGCUGCUGCAGCGGCCUCGGCAGGGGCAGCCCGAGCAAUGGCGAAACCACUCAUUGUUUGUCCCCAGUUACUGCUGCAGCAGCAGAAGAAGCAGCAGCAGCAGCAGCAGCAGCAGAUGAAGUCUGGGGCCUCGAGGCCGAAGGCAGGGAGAGUCUGGCAGUAAAGGAACUCAACACAAGAAUGCGCAGCGUCAAGAGCACAGUGCCACUGACAGUUCUGUGGCUAGUUGCUCAGCUGGCCUUCGACGCGAGCCUGACAGCCCUGACCUUGACCUCCAACUCCGUGGUGCAGAGCACUUCUGUUUUUUUGUCUUACUUUCUUGCUGUUUUCUUUUUAAAACAAAGUCCGAGGAAGGCGGUGCUAUCCUGGCUGCUGGUCUUGGCUGCUGGGGUGGUUUUGAUUUCCUCCCACGUGCCCACAGCGCCCGAAACAGACACCGUGCGCGCUGCAGCAGCAGCUGGUGCUGCUGCUGCUGCUGCAGCAGCAGCAGCAGCAACUCAGGUAGCUCAGCCGGAUGCAGCGCAGCACGUGCAGCAGCUGCAGCAGCCAAAUGCUUUGGAACUGCCUAAGCUCUCGAGUGAAGGCAUCGUCGGUGUGAUGUCAGUGCCAGCAGCGGAAGCAGCAGCGCCAGCAGCAACGGAACUACCUGCGGCAGAAACCCCAGCAGCACUGCCAGAGGCAGCAACAACACCAGCAGCAGCAGGACCAACAAAAGCAGCACAGGCUGCUGUGGCACUCUCAGAAGGAGCGCCAGGGUCAACAACGCUCGCUGCAGAAUCACCAGGACUAGCAGCAGCUGCAGCAGCAGCAGCAGAAGCAGCAUCGGCGGCGGCAGCAGCUGCCAGCCCCCAAAAGGAACUUUCACUAUCUCUUCAAGAAGGUAAUAAAGUCCCCGCAGAUGAACUCACAGCUGCCCCUGUAGGGGCACUGGCAGUUUCUGGGGUCCAGGAGGCCGAGGCGGGGGGCCUCGAGGGGCCCGAAGGAGGGUUAGCAGCCGCGGAGGGGCCCCAUGGGGGGCCCCCAAGGAGGCCCCCUCUUCUGCCUGGAGAGGCAGCACCUGUUGAAACAACACAGCAGAAGUCUGUGCCGGCUGCUGCUGCAACACAGACGCCUGUUGACGAGGGAGAAGCAGCGCAGGCCGCCACCCCCGCAGCGGCAGCAGCAGCGGCUGCUGCGCCGCAACCACAACCAGCAGCAGCACCACUAUUAGUAGCGGCGCCAGCAGCAGCGGCAGAAGCAGCAGCACCAACAGCAGCAGCAGCAGCAGGCGGAGGCGGCAGUGAGGGAAUGGUGUACGCGUCUGAACACGGGGCCACAGACACCUUCUUAGGCUAUGUAUUAGCCUUUCUUGCUGCUGCUGCUUACGCGCUGCACACGACGGCCUUAAAGGCACAAGAGAACUUUGACCCUGACUUUGAUGUGGACCUCAUCUACGGACUGAUGGGACUUUGGGUCUUGGUGGCUUUGCCGCUGUUGACGCUGCUGCUGCACCUGCUGCAGCUGGAGGUCUUCAUGUGGCCCGAUGCCUUCUCCUGGGCAGUGCUGCUUCUCUGUGGGCUCGUGGGCACGGCUUUUGCGGACAUUUGCUGGGGCCGUGCGGUGUUCCUGCUGAACCCGGUGGUGGCCACGGCGGCCUCCAAUGUGCAGAUUCCUAUUUCUUUAUGGUUAGAUGCCAUUAUAUUUGGCCGGCGGUUUGACGGGUGGUACUUUGUGGGCAUGGUGGCUGUGGUUUCGGCGGUCAUUGCUGUCACCCUGAUCACGGCAGACAAACGGCAGCAUAACAAGACCAAGCACAAAUUUAAUCCGAUUGGUGACCUGCACCCCUCCGCCGUUUCCGAGGUCUGA